AUGAAUAGAUUUCAUCAAGAUUCCCCAAGUUCGACAGCCUAUGGUUUCAGAAGAGAUCUUUGUAAUAGCAAUGAGGAAGAUAGUGGUGCAGACUUUUGUAAUGAAUCCGGUUCCGCAACUCAGACGCAAACAGGAUCUCCUAAACUCCCCACCACAAACUCGUUCUUUACGCCGUUCCCGUCGUCGUUAACCUCGGAUCCCUCUAAUGCUGCACAACCACAGUUAUCGUCACAGGUCUCAACAUCAACAUAUGGAUACUCUCCUCGGAGCGUCGGAUCUGUCACAAGCAAUGAUAGUGCAAGCAAAACUACAGAGAUUUAUUACUAUGGACCAGUGUAUUCAUCCGACAUAAUUCAAACCUCAAAAACUUCGAUAACCAAUUCCUAUGAUAAGGCGACAUUUUCAACGGACAUUUAUUUUAAGAAGAUGGUGUUUGCAAUUGGUUUAGUCACGUCGAUAGGGUUGCUAAUAUUAAUUAUAUUAUUACUGAAAAAGAAACACAAAAAAUCAAUAGAUAACUCUUCAUCGUUUCCGCAAGAUGAUAGCAAUCAUAGUCAAGGAAUACAAAAUGUCAGGGUCCCGUCGCUACCUUCCGCCGUAAUAACUCAAAACUCAAAAAUAGAAGCUUCCGAGGUGUACCCUUCACCAGAAAUUAAAGGAAUUAAUAGAAAAGAUUCUAGCAUAUCUAUAAUAAUUGAAGAAAUAGACAAAGAGAUACUGAUUUUAAAAGAUCCCGUAAAUUGGGAAGAGU